UAUAAAAUGUAUCAGAAUAUUAUAGUUAAUAAUUAACUUUGCAGAUGAUAGAUGAUACCCCUAGUUUGCAUGUUUGAUGACAUCCUCUGGAAAUGUAUAAGUACCUGAGUCCAGCAUUUUAUGGCUGCUUAUUGAAGAUCACGUUUGGACAGAUAUGAGACUCACUCUGGGAAAAUGGGUCUUAACCCUUUACCACUUAGAUACGUAUUUAACCCUUUACCACUUAGAUACAUAUUUAACCCUUUACCACUUAGAUAUGUAUUUAACCCUUUACCACUUAGAUACGUAUUUAACCCUUUACCACUUAGAUACGUAUUUAACCCUUUACCACUUAGAUAUGUAUUUUGACGCAUUUUUAGUCCCUCAGAAAGUUAUAUUUUGUUAUGGACCUUUCUUACUAGAUUCAAGUUUUAAAGGUUUCAUUUCCAACACUUAGUUACUGAUUAGCAGCAAACAGCAUAAAACCUGAACAGACUGCGAGUUACUCGCAGGCUGUUCUGGUUUUAUGCUGGUGGCAAAAGCCAUUUUCUCUUUGCUUCUUAUAGGGGAAAGGAUUAACACAUGUGGGGAAAGUGGCAUCCCAGAUAAACCUGUGCUGUUGACACUGGAUUUCGGCUAAGAAGAGAAAUAGUGAAAAAUACAAUAAAGGCGUAAAGUGUCCUCCCUGAUAAGCUUACGCAGACUGCACAGGCUUAUCAGGUACAACACUUUCCGCACAUGGAUUAAGCCCCAUUUUCCUAGAAGGCUCCUCGACAUCAAUGUGGACAAAAAGGUGUUGCACUGAUGUUGAAGAAAUAUUGCUGUGACAAUAAGAGAGCACUGCUGCACAUUGGAAUGCACCAACAAAGCACCACUCUGCCGAAGACACCCUAAUCCUGCAUACCGGUAUGCAUUCCAUCUGCCAACAGACCACUUAAUCUUACCUUGUAAGAAUAGCAAAAAAAGGUGUGGACAGCUUGAUAAAAGGUAGAAUGUGGAAUGUUGCAAAAGCUGUAUGGGAGAGGUCUUUUGCAAAGAGCAGCCCUGAAUUAAAAUUCUGCUAACAAUGUUUUACUAGAGCGCAAAAGGGGCAGGAAGGCCAACUGAAGAGCAGCGGAAAAUAUUUGUCGGGAAAAGCAAGGUCACAAUUUAAGGUCAAAGGAUUCUGCAGAUACUUGCUGCUUUGACCAGGUACUGCAUUCUGAUUGGUGGACAGCUCUAGUGCAAAAUCUGCCACCCUACUGUGCACAGGGAUUCUUCCAACAACAUGUUCCAUGACGUGUUAUGGCACGUCGCCUUCCUGUGGGUGACUGGUAUAACUCUGUUGACCCUUCUCGGCGUUCCGAUAGCAACAGCAGACUCUGGUUGCGCCAUUUCUGCAGCAGACGCAGGUUUUCCCGACACGCGAAUCGCUGCCUGCCGUGGAAAGUGGGUGGGGCACGUUAAGUAUGCUAGCACCCUCUGUGCGCCAGGUUGGUCAGUCUGUAGCUGGGACGCAGACCGUCGCACGCUCAGCAAGAUGGCGUGGAAUGUAGCCCUUUCUGUCGACGGCUGCUUCGCUUACAACGCCGCCCAAGAUGGCGGGAGAUGCCAGGAGUGUAUGGCGAAGAUGGAUCAGGAUGAUCUGGCAGGCAUUGGUCGCGGAUGUCCCCAGCAGCGGGCGGGUGAGGGCUCGUGUGUCAGUGGUGGGCGUAUAGACGCAAGCUGCUGUGUGGACGCACAUGAGAGCAUCAACUGGGCAUGUCAGCAGCAGGCGUGGAUCAAUGGAGUCAUGUGCUGUAAACAGUCUGCCAAGCGCCCUCACAUCAUAGUCCCGCCCCCUGCCAACCUUGACGUGAACGUUGGGAGAAUAUUCAUGCUGUCGUGUCAGGCAGAGGGCAUUCCGGUUCCCCGUGUACAGUGGUACAAGGACGGUUCCAAGAUACCGGAACUAGCAAAUUCACGUGUCUCUGUCCUUUUGUCGGGAGACUUGUUGGUGACACUGGCGCGGAGGUCGGACUCAGGUCACUAUAGCUGUGAGGUCAUCAAUGAGGAAGGCAUCGAUAUUGGCCACACCCAGGUCAAUGUGAAAGACCACGACUCUGGCUGCGCGGAUGACACCACCGAUGGUCUGCUUAUGCAUCGAGAUAUCCAUGCAUGUGAAGGAAACUGGACAGGUCACGUAAAGAAAGGUGGCGCACUGUGCAAGCAGGGCUGGCACGUCUGCAACAGUAAGGACCGGGACAGGCUGCAUGACCUUAGCUGGCUUGACAUUCUUGACAUCAAUGGUUGCUAUGCCUACAAUGUCGCCAACAACAGACGAGGCAAAUGCAAACGCUGUGAUGGCAGGGGGCGUUUAGCGGGUGUUGGUCGCGACUGUGGCCGGGUUCGGUAUUCCCGCCUGUCAUGCUUAGCGCAGGGUCGCAUUGAUGUGUUCAAGACCCGUGACUUAAACGAGGCCAAUGGGGGAUGCUCGUACGUCAAGGGAUUCACAACAGGCAUACUGUGUUGCAAGGGAGAAAAUAAACAGACGAAGCAGGAUAGACGGAAGAAUGAGAUAACGUCCCCUGAUAAACCCCACUGCACGAUGGGCUGUGAGAACGGAGGUCAAUGCGUUGGCUACAACGUGUGCAUGUGUCCUGUAGGCUACAAGGGAGCCAUGUGCCAGAAUGCUGUCUGCCAUGAUGGCUGCCCCCGCCAUUCCAAGUGUGUCCGCCCAGGUGAGUGUGAGUGUAUACAGCCCUACGAGGGGCCAAACUGCUCCCACAAACAGCAGCACAAGCACACAUGCAAGUCGCCGUGUUUAAAUGGUGGACGCUGUCGGGGCGGAAAGUGUAAAUGUCCAUCAACGCAUUAUGGGUCAUCCUGUCAACAUUUAUGGAAGCAUGUGUUUUUAUCACAAAUGAAUCGCACCGAAAGAUGAGCAUGCUGCUGCAACACAUUUCAUCAUCAUGGCUGACUUUCUGUAUGUGUCCCGUUAUAAUCUCAAGUCAUAAGAAUUGCAAGAUAUGUAAAAUUGAUACUCAUCUUUCAUGUUCAGCAUCAGAUGGUUAAUGAAAGUUAACCAUCAUCACCAUCAUUUGACACCACCAUUAUUAUCAUUUAUCAUCAUCAUCAUCAUCAUCAUCAAUUUAAACGCUAUGAUUGUCUUCAGAUUUUUUAUGCAUUUGUUGACUUUAGGCUACGAUAUUUUUGUGCUUCAUCUUAAGUCGAGUUUGUUUGUUUGAAUACAGAUUGCAAAAAAGCAAAAGAAAAACAAUUUAAAAAGCAAUACACGGCAGUAAACUUGAGAAAUAUGCAUCACAACAGUGCUUUUAAAUUAACUUACUUAAUUUUAAUAUAUUUCGAAUUUUUUAAAUUGAUAAAUGAAAGAAAUAUGUCAGACAUUGCAUUGUGUCUUCUGAAAAAUAGAUCAAUUAUUGCUGUUAGUUUAAAAAACGAAAAGCUAUGAGAUAUCCAUAAUUUAGAACAUUUAAACCUCUGUCAAUCAUGUGCAUUAAAGAGAUUAAAUAUUGGGUUAUUAAUGUAACUUUAUAUUUUCUUGUUAUCUAUAGAAAACUUUUAUGUUGUACAUACUGUAUAUAAAGAAAUAUUUAUACAUGAUUAGAUGUAAAUUUUGUGACAGUAAGAUGACAUUGUUAUGUUUUAUAUAACUUCAUGUCUGGCAGAUUAAAUUCUGGCAGUUAAAAAUCACUUUGUUGAUGGUAUGCGUUUCUGUACAAUUAUAAUAAUAUUGUACAGGAUUUAUACUAUAAUACAUAUAUGAAACUAAGUGAAAAAAAAGUAUGUUGACAACAGGUUUGUUGUUUCUCAAAGUGAGGAUAAGUUGUAUUCUACCUCAAUGCCAUGUAUUUGACAGUUGACACGUUUAGUUGCUUUAUGAAAUUGUUUCAUUUAGCUUUCUUUAUACAAUUGUGUAUACCAAAAUUUUUGGAGAGGCUCUGUGCUUAUAUUUUUAUGCCCCCAAUAGGGUGGCACAUAGCAUUUGAACUGUCUGUUUAGUCUGUUCAUCCAUCCAUCCGAAAACUUUAACAUUGCCCAUAACUUUUGCUAUAUUGAAGAUAGCAACUUGAUAUUUGGCAUGCAUGUGUAUCUAAUGGAGCUGCACAAUUCGAGUGGUGAAAGGUCAAGGUAAUCCUUCAAGGUCAAAGCUAAAAAACACACAAAGGGAAGUAACAAUCUUUAAAGGGAGAUAAUUUAUAUUUAUCAUUUGGCAGGCACCGAUAAUUUUUACAAGGGAAGUAAUAUUUUUAAAGGGAUUUAAUCAAAAACAAAAAUAAAUAAAUCAAAGCGGUGCAGUAGGGGGCAUUUUGUUUCUGACAAACACAUCUCUUGUUCAUUUUGUAUCAAUAAGUUAUUACUGUUAUACACACUUUGUAUUGUAAGAGGAUAUUUCAUAACGUUAAACUUUAAUUGGAUGCAUUUAUAAAAUAAAUAGUUAUGUCAUAAUUUCUGUUUAAAAAAUAUAAGCUUAUUUUUGGCUGACUAGGCUGUUGUUUUUUGAAAUUCAUAAAAUUGACAGCAACUAAUAAAAUAUUACAUGAUAAAUUACAUAUGAGCUUUUUUGAGGAAAACUGGGCUAAAUAAAAAAAAGGUCAUGUGCUUCAGGUGUCAUUCCAGAUAUGCCUACGUAGUCCACACAGUCUAACUAGGGACAACACUUUCCUCUUUUACUGAAUUUUUGUUAAUAAGAAGUCUCUUCUAGACAAAAAUCUAGUUUAAGUGUCAUUCCUCUGCACAGGCUAAUAUGGGAUGAGUCUUUAAGUACAUGUAUUAAGCCCAGUUUCCCAGAACAAGGCUCAUAAAAUGAUAUAUUAUUGCGUUGAACUUUCUGUUGCAGUGUUACAAUGUGCGAACCAUAAUUAUGUAUUGCUCUUAUUAAUUUUUGCGCCAGUAUGUUAAAUGUUAUAUUGUGUAUUUAAUAGUUAUAAUUGUCUUAAUCUUUAUUAUAUAUCAAUACUGCUGAUGCUGAUAUUAAUUUAACUAGAUUUAUCAUGAUUUAUUAGGGCUUUUUUCUUUGUCCAUGAAAUUUUAAUGUUAUGUCCAUGACCCGUUUAGCUUUGAUAAAAAUGGAAAUAUGAUAAAAACGAUUGAUACAUAUUAACAAGUUUUCUUUCCCUAUUUCCUAAGAAGUAAAACACAGCUUCAGAGUUCAUUGAUCUCUACAGAAUGAUAUUGCUUGUAGGUAAAUUGCUUUGUUUUUCACAAAUCAUUGCCAUGGGCUUAUGCUUGAUUUGUGAAAUAAGGUUAAUCAUUUACCCCUUAUAAACGCACUUUGAUGGGUUUGUAGUCUGUAGUCCCUUAGGAAAUCUAAUUAAAUUGAAAAUAUUCUUUACUAUAAUCAAGUUUUGAAGGCUUCAUCAUAACUUAAGAAACUGAUGAGCAGCAAACAUCAUAAGACCUGAACAGAUUGUGAGUAACUCACAGGCUGUUCUUGUUUUAUGCUGGUUGCAAAAGCCAUUUUCACUUUGCCUCUGAGGGUGGGGGGGGGGGUGGGUCAACUUACUUUGUUAUUGUUUUAUCAGACUAUGGGUUACUAUGUAUUUGGUUUUAUAGCCAUAGAUUUGUUACUGGCAUUGUUCUGUUUAUGUACUAUUAUUGAAUAAUGUAUGAAACAUGAAAUCCUUGUUGUUGAAUUUGUAUUUAAAUGAAAAUAAA